AUGUCCUCGUUAAAAAUGGGCCCCCAAAAUGGUGUCUCAGACACCCAAAAGGGGUACACAAUGUCUUUCAAAUUGUCCAAAAAUUUGGCGGGCCAAAAACCUCGUGGGAAAAACUUCGGACCAUUGUUUUUAGACGUAUUUUCACUCCCUGAAUCCAGAUCUGGCCUUGGUUUGGCACCAAAAAUUCACGCUGGACGGCUACCAAAUUGGUGGUGUUUGGUUGUCCGCAACUGUAAAGUUCUGGAACAAAUCUUCUACAUGCUGAGACCCGCACGAGACUUGCAUAAGGGUGCUGGCAUGGAUUGGUAUUUCCAAGCAAAUUUGACGUGGACAUCACAAUCAUCAGACAGUAAUUCUGUAGUUGAGGCCUUCCAGUUGGCGAUGGGGCAUCUAGUCCACACCCACGUCCUCAUCAUUUCCACGACUAUGCAGCCCGGGGAACUCGAGUUUAUCCUGGGAUGUGCUCCUGGCCCCGGUUCUGUUCUGGAAGCCAUUGCACUCGUCAACACCCCUGGCAGCUUUUACGUACCCACAACUUUGCCAUAUCAUACCCUAGCCAAAUUCAUAACCCCAGCAUUACGUGAACUCAUCCUGGGGAUUGUUGCAUCUGCAAACCCUUGGGCUGGACAUUAA